AUGUCAGGUUCUGUCUUCGUCUCCGUUAUGGCGGUUGGAUUUCCGACGCUCUCUCGCUCGAGCUCUGUUCACCGGAGCUUGGAACCAACGAAGAAGAAGACCAUGAGUAGCGUGAAAUUCGUUACCAGUUUUCGAACUCCCUCGACCAAUCCAAGGACAAAAUGGUCAUUUCACGUCACAGCUUCCGAUAACCGGUCGGAACAAUCCGAUAACGGUCAAGGAAUUCAGGAGGACUUAACUUACCUGUUGAAGCUCGGAGUUGGUUCUGUAGCAGGAGCAGCUAUAAUCAAAUACGGAAGCGUUUUGCUUCCACAGAUCACAACACCUAAUCUCACUCAAGCCCUCUUCAUUAUUAUCGCUCCUGUUGUAAUCUCUGUUAUCCUUUUGAUCCGAGCAUCUUCUUCCAAGAAUCAGAACUAG